AUGGCCAUUGCUUCUGCGUUUAAGGCUUUGUGUUUGUCUUCUUGUUCGUCACCGUUGCAAGUCGUCCACUGUCACGCCAAAGAACAUGGGAUUUGCAUUCGUGAACAAUUCAAGAAUCGAUGGGAUAACAUCACUCAACAGCAAAAUGGGACACUUAACUUCUUCUCCGUCCAUCACUUCAACAUUACUGGCGUCACCGUAACAGCUCCCGGCGAUAGCCCAAACACCGACGGUAUCAAGUUCGGUUUCUGUAGCAACAUUCGCAUCUCUAACACAAACAUUGGUACUGGAGACGACUGUAUCGCCAUUCUUUCUGGAACCUCAAACAUGGAUAUCUCUAACGUCAAGUGUGGUCCUGGACAUGGGAUUAGUGUCGGAAGCUUAGGGAAGAACAAAGGCGAGAAAGACGUUAACGGCAUAACAGUACGUGACACAGUCUUUAACGGCACAAGCGAUGGUAUUCGGAUCAAGACUUGGGAAUCUUCUGCUGCAAAGAUCGUCGCUUCUAACUUUGUGUUCGAGAAUAUUCAGAUGAUUAAUGUUGGAAAACCAAUCAACAUCGAUCAGAAGUAUUGUCCUUACCCACCUUGUGAAAAGACGGGAGCGUCUCACGUUCAGAUAAAGGACAUUAAGUAUAAAAACAUAUAUGGGACGUCGAAGAACAAAGUGGCAGUGAAUCUACAAUGUAGCAAGAGCUUUCGUUGCAAGAAUGUUGAGCUAAUUGACAUUAACCUUGAGCAUAACGGAGUUGAGGGUGGUCCUUCCACUGCCGUGUGCGAGAAUGUUGAUGGUUCUGCUCGUGGUAAGAUGGUUCCUCAGCAUUGUCUGGCUUGA